CGCAGGCGGUCGCCCCGCGCCGUCCCCGCGGCGCCGGUUCUGGGGCCCUGCUCUCGGCCUCCCCUCGCUCCGUGGCUGCGGGUCUCCAGCUCCACGAAAACCCCAGGAUUUCGGCCUCCUGCCCAGGCUUGGCCGCCCCCUCUUCCCCUAAGAGACUUCCAGAUCUCAAUUUUUGUUUGACUGAUUUUAUGGCCUAGACUGCUUGAGUGAACCAUCCUUCAAGAACAUUCAGUUCUCUCUCUCCUAUGCUUACAACCGGAGUAUUAAAUUGGUUUCCCAUGACUUUGCCGCCGUUAAGGAGCACUUCUCUAUCUAUAGCUGUCUGUCUACGUUCUGACUGGGAACACUGGGAUCAUUUUCAUCAUGCCGACGGUGGUGGUAAUGGAUGUAUCCCUUUCCAUGACCCGACCUGUGUCUCUCGAGGGGUCUGAGGAAUAUCAGCGCAAGCACCUAGCAGCCCAUGGUUUGACAAUGCUGUUUGAGCACAUGGCCACAAAUUACAAGCUUGAGUUUACAGCCCUAGUGGUUUUUUCAUCACUCUGGGAGCUGAUGGUUCCCUUCACAAGAGAUUAUAACACCCUCCAGGAAGCACUAAGUAAUAUGGAUGAUUAUGAUAAAACCUGCUUGGAGUCUGCAUUAGUUGGUGUUUGCAAUAUUGUUCAGCAGGAAUGGGGUGGUGCAAUUCCUUGCCAGGUUGUUCUUGUGACUGAUGGCUGUCUUGGCAUUGGCAGAGGGUCCCUGCGGCAUUCCUUAGCUACUCACAGUCAGCGAAGUGAGAACAACCGGUUUCCACUGCCUUUCCCUUUCCCAUCUAAGUUAUACAUCAUGUGCAUGGCAAAUUUGGAGGAGCUUCAGAGCACUGAUUCCUUGGAUUGCCUUGAGCGUCUCAUAGAUUUAAACAAUGGUGAAGGGCAGAUUUUUACUAUUGAUGGCCCCCUGUGCUUGAAAAAUGUACAGUCUAUGUUUGGAAAACUGAUAGAUCUGGCAUAUACGCCUUUCCAUGCUGUUCUCAAGUGUGGCCACUUAACCGCUGAUGUGCAAGUCUUCCCCCGGCCAGAACCUUUUGUUGUAGAUGAGGAAAUCGAUCCUAUCCCGAAAGUCAUUAAUACAGAUUUGGAAAUAGUGGGAUUUAUUGAUAUAGCUGAUAUUUCAAGUCCCCCAGUUCUGUCCAGACAUCUGGUCCUACCUAUAGCACUUAACAAAGAAGGUGAUGAGGUGGGUACUGGCAUAACAGAUGACAAUGAAGAUGAAAAUUCAGCCAAUCAGAUUGCAGGCAAAAUACCCAACUUUUGUGUCCUCCUCCAUGGCAGCCUAAAAGUGGAAGGAAUGGUGGCAAUAGUUCAAUUAGGUCCUGAAUGGCAUGGAAUGCUCUACUCCCAAGCUGACAGCAAGAAGAAAUCAAACCUCAUGAUGUCUCUCUUUGAGCCUGGCCCAGAACCUCUCCCAUGGCUAGGGAAAAUGGCACAGUUGGGUCCUAUUUCAGAUGCUAAAGAAAACCCUUAUGGUGAGGAUGACAAUAAGAGCCCAUUCCCCCUGCAGCCCAAAAACAAACGCAGUUAUGCCCAGAAUGUGACGGUCUGGAUCAAACCCAGUGGCCUGCAGACAGAUGUACAGAAGAUUUUAAGAAAUGCAAGGAAACUACCUGAAAAAACCCAGACGUUCUAUAAGGAGCUGAACCGUUUGCGAAAGGCUGCCCUGGCCUUUGGUUUCCUGGACCUGCUCAAAGGGGUGGCUGACAUGCUGGAAAGGGAAUGCACACUGCUGCCUGACACAGCCCACCCUGAUGCUGCAUUCCAGCUGACCCACGCUGCUCAGCAGCUCAAGCUGGCCAGUACUGGCACCUCCGAGUAUGCUGGGUAUGACCACAACAUCACACCUUUGCAGACAGACUUCUCUGGGAGCAGCACUGAAAGAAUGUGAAGCUGACUUAGGGAACCUUCCUUCUUUUUUUAUUUCAAGUGAAAUGAUUUAGGGUAAAAACCUUUCCAGUCUGUUCACCUCUGCAAUAGCCACCCAAAGACCUCCCCGAGGCUGCCUCAGAAGCACCACUUGCUGGUUUGAAUGACCCUGCUACAGUCUGAGAAGGGUUCUGAAGGGUGGUUGGCUGCUUGGGCUUUGACCAUAGCUUUCUGGGGCACAGAGUGUUUAAGCUCAAAAGACAACUGUUACUCCCACGAUGGGCACAUCUCCUGAGAAGCUUGAAGGACUGAUGAACACAGAGCUCUCCCCACCUUCCUCAGGAAACCUAACCAGCAAGGGUUCUCUGGCUUCCUGAAAGGCAUCUUCUCCUCUGUCCUCUCUCAACCAUAAGGACAUUUUCAAGCUUCUCUCCUUGGAAUGAGCAACCUAGAAUGUCUGGGACUUGCUAAGUACAAACCCAACACCACUAAGUUUUAGAACUUGAGCAAAAACUUGGUGGUAACCCUUAGGUGCUUUUGGUAUGUCUUGAGAUAGACUUUUAAACAGCAACCAUAAAUGUAUAAAAUGAUUCCCAUUUCCUCGAGGUUUUUUUUAAAUGAAAAUAAAAUAUUUCA